AAAAGGAGAAUAUAGCUGGAAGAGCGACGACGAGGAGAAAUUCAGUGAACCCGACGCCAGCCGAUAGUAGCCCUCUUCUCUUGCCCCAUCUCGUAGUCCGCCGCAGCCCAAAAUAAUGCCCGACGAUCUCACGCCGCCUCCGGCCGAUGCAGUCUCCGCUCCUCCGGAGGCCGGAUCCACUCCGUCUUCACCGCCGCCGCCAACGCCUCCUCCUUCAUUCGAUCCGAGUCGAAUGAUCGGUAUAAUCAAGAGGAAGACAUUGAUAAAAGAGUUGGCGGCUGUUUACCACGCUGAGUGCCUCGCGUAUUGCCAGGAGCUGCUGGAACUACAGAAGAAGUCGGAAGAGCCGUUUCUGGAUUCAAAACCUCCUGAAGAUUCAAGGAAGGAGACAACGAGACCCACAAAACGCUCCAAGAAGGGUCGGUAGGUAGGCUAUAGCAUGCAUGUCAUAGCUGGAAUCUGUUCGCUUUCUUUGCGGAUUGAUAUGCAAGUCCUUCGAAUUUCUUGCUGCUAUCAAAUUGGACGAAUUGGUACACAACCAAAAAUGGUAACUUCUCAUUACAAUAAGACGUGAUCUAGUGGCGCCAUGGCAGUAAUGUGGUUUGAACUGCACCUAUGAUUCGCAAGUUCGAGCUGAUGGCGCUGUUGCUGAUGGGAUGCGUUGCAAGCGUCAUCUAAAGAGUGCUGUUGUUUAGUUAUUCUUGUUUUUGUACCAAUACGGUAUGAGAUAAAUACUCUUGUUGGAGAUCGAGAUGGCAAUGGUAGUAGGGAACAAAGUAUCUAGAUCAUUUUGGAUGUGAAACCUAAUUAAAGAAGGAACUUCAGGCCUUGUGCAACUCUUUCUAAUUUCCAGAGAAAAUUGUCUGCUGUUGUUACAUCUUAUCUAUUGUCAAUGUACAUAUAACACAGAUACAUGACUCAACUCUACAAUUUUCUUUCCUUUCUCUAUACGAAGUCUGUGUCGAUAUCCAAAAUUCUGUCUGUAAUCUACCAACGGUGAAGAGGUUUACUGAAACCAAGUCCUCAGCCAACCGUACGUUGUCACCAUGACCUGGAACAUGCCACUGAUUUUC